UAAAACCGAACGGAGUGACACCUCUUAGCUUUCUCUGCUCUGCGCUUCUUUAAUGACCCCCCACAGGAAUAUCCUCUGCAGGUCCUGAACACGGGGCGAAGGUCUGCUGACAACAAGCAGGAACUUUUGCAGAAUGAGACCGCCUCACCGCUGAGCUCAACAUGAGAGAGUGGUGGCUCCAUGUGGGUCUGAUCUGCGUGCCGCUGGUGGCCGUCUACCUGCACAUCCCGCCGCCGCAGCUCUCCGCCGCCCUGCACAAGUGGCACGGCGCCGGGGACUUCUUCCACUUCAGGGGGAAGAGGAUCUUCUACAGAGACUCCCACGGGGCGCUGGGAAGCUCAGAUGUGGUCCUCCUGCUCCACGGCUUCCCCACUUCCAGCUACGACUGGAACAAGAUCUGGGAUCCGCUCACGCUGCGCUUCAAUCGAGUCAUUGCUCUGGACUUUCUUGGAUUCGGCUUCAGCGACAAACCGAGACCCCACAGGUACUCCAUCUUUGAACAGGCCAGCAUAGUUGAGGCCCUGGUGGCCCACUUGGGUCUGAGCAGUCAGCGUCUCAAUUUGAUAUCCCACGACUAUGGAGACACCGUGGCCCAGGAGCUGCUAUACAGGAGUGACCAAAAUCGCUCGGGGCAUCUGAUCUUCAACAGUCUCUGCCUUUCAAACGGAGGAAUAUUCCCAGAGACGCACCACCCCCGGCUGCUGCAGACGCUGUUGAAGGACUCGAGUAUUUUGGCGACAUUUCUCACACGCCUCACCAACUUUUUCAUUUUCCAAAAGGGCAUUGGAGAAGUGUUCGGCCCCUACACGCAGCCCACGGACGCGGAGCUCUGGGACAUGUGGACAGGUCUACGCUACAAUGAUGGCAACCUGGUGUUGGACAGUAUUCUCCAGUACAUCAAUCAGAGAUUUCAACACAGAGACCGCUGGGUGGGAGCGCUCACGUCCACGCAGGCCCCACUGCACAUGAUCUACGGCCCCCUGGACCCCGUUAACCCCCAUCCACAGUUCAUCCGUCUUUACCUGCAUCUGGUGAAGAAGUCGACCGUCACCAUCCUGGACGACCACAUCAGUCACUACCCGCAGCUGGAGGACCCCGCCGGCUUCCUCAAGGCUUAUUUUAAUUUUUUCCACUCUUUCUGAGCAGGCAUCAAACACCAAAACCAGAGCAGAGACUAGUUGAUUUAUUUCUAACCUGCUAUUAAGGAUGUUAAAUUUAGGAGCUGAAGUUAGGCCUGAAGAAAACUCUGAUCUUGUGCAAUGUUGAGCAUCUCUGAUUACUGAAUCCUGCAUUACUUUUGAUAUCAUUUUCUACAUUACUCUAAAUGUGAACUUUAAAUAAACAGUAAUUUUGAUUAAAAAA